AUGGAUCGAUCCCCAUUCGCAAAACUAGCCCCCGAGCUCCGCAACCAAAUCUACGAACUCGUCCUCUACGACCCGCAAGGCUUCGUGUUCACCUACAGAAACGGGAGGUACGACAAGAACAAGCUAGUAGACAUCCGCAAACCGAACCGUAAGCCCAAGGAGGCAAACUUCUUUGCCAUCACAACAGUCUGUCGACAGAUGCGCAAAGAGACCUCGCAGCUCUUCUACUCCAUCAACACCUUCACGCACCCUAUGAAGCUCUACCGGUUCGGGACGAAGAUGAGUAAAGAGCAGACCAGGCGCUACGGGCUUCGUCUGAAGCAUGGGAGGAAGUGGCUCAAGAGCAUCGGCCCUGCCAACAGCGCCGCCAUCUCACACUACGAGAUCGACUUGGGUCAGUGGGAACUCUGGAGGUCGGAUGGUUCAGGGAGCCGUGAGUGGCGGACCAUGGCCAGAUGCCUUGAGCGCAAGCAGCUCCUCCCCAUGUUGCGACAGAGCGCCAUCUUCGUGUCGAUGACACUGACGAUCGAUCACCGGCAUCUACGCAUCUAUACAUCCCCUCGCCGACUGCCGUGCUUGGUUGGUGAGGGGACAUAUGAGUGGGAGUGCUUAUCUGUCAGGUUCACGAUUCCGGAGGAUCAGAAGGAGGCUGGGGAGGCUAUUGAGCGGACGUAUCGGGAGAAGUUGAAGGAGAUGGAGGGACAUGUUGAUCAUCAGGAUUGUCGAGUUGCGGAGUGGUUGCAGACGAUUCGGAUUGGGCUGAGGAAGUGUCGGAAGGCUAUGAUGCAUGCUGUUGGGAUCAAGGAGGAGGAGGUUGAGGGUGCUACGGACGCGGUGGGUGGACAUCAGAUUGGCUGA